UAAAUUGUUACAGCAAUAGCAACCAACCUCCAAUAAUUCUUGCCUUCUUCCGCAAUUAUCUUCGGCACUCUCUCGCUCUCUCUUUCUCUCCAUGGGGUAUCACCGGAGGAUCGCGCCCGCCGCCGUUCCAAUUUCAUUUGUUCUUCUACUUCUAUGCGAAUCGUCACUGGCCUUCUACCUUCCCGGAGUCGUACCUCGCGAUUUCCAGAACGGUGAUGAACUACAAGUGAAAGUGAAUAAGCUUUCAUCUACAAAGACACAACUUCCAUAUGUUUACUAUUUCUUAGAUUAUUGUAAACCCUCCAAAAUCAUGAAUAGUGCAGAGAAUCUUGGGGAGGUUCUUCGUGGUGAUCGCAUUGAGAAUUCUGUAUAUGUAUUUAAAAUGAGGAUGGACGAGACUUGCAAAGUUGCAUGUCGUGUAAAGCUUACCCAAAAAGCUGCAAAGAAAUUCAAAGAGAAGAUUGAUGAUGAAUAUCGAGUUAAUAUGAUCUUGGAUAAUCUGCCUGUUGCAGUUCCUAGGCAAAGGAAAGAUGGAAAUCAUGCUCUCACUUAUGAGCAUGGUUUUCGAGUGGGUAUAAAGAAUAAGGAUAAAAAAUAUUAUCUCAAUAACCACUUGAGCUUUAAAGUCAUGUACCAUAAAGAUUUGGAUGGUGAUGAUGGCCGUAUUGUUGGCUUUGAGGUCCUUCCAAGCAGCGUAAAACAUGCGUACCAUGAAUGGGAUGAUAAGAACCCUAAUUUGACGACUUGCAAUGCAAACACUAAAAUAAUUCCUGGUAGCCAGACUCCUCAGGAAGUCACUCCCGAUACAUUCGUUGUGUUCACUUAUGAUGUUACCUUUGAGCCGAGUGAAAUCAAAUGGGCUUCUCGUUGGGACACCUACCUUCUCAUGAGUGAUGAUCAGAUCCAUUGGUUCUCAAUUAUUAAUUCCCUUAUGAUUGUACUCUUUCUCUCCGGUAUGGUAGCCAUGAUUAUGAUGAGAACUCUUUACAGAGAUAUUGCCAAUUACAAUCAACUAGACUCUCGGGAAGAAGCCCAGGAAGAAUCUGGUUGGAAACUUGUCCACGGUGAUGUUUUUAGGCCUCCAGUCAACUAUAGUCUUCUUUGCGUUUAUGUCGGAACCGGGGUGCAGUUCUUAGGGAUGACACUAGUUACCAUGAUCUUUGCCUUACUAGGCUUCCUUUCCCCAUCCAACCGUGGUGGGCUUAUGACUGCAAUGGUCUUCUUAUGGGUUUUAAUGGGUCUAUUUGCCGGCUACUCUUCUGCUCGUCUUUACAAGAUGUUCAAAGGCACAGACUGGAAGAAAAACACCUUCAAAACAGCCUUGAUUUUCCCUGCCAUUGUCUUCUCCAUCUUCUUUGUUCUCAAUGCCUUGAUUUGGGGCGAGAAGUCUUCCGGCGCGGUUCCCUUUGGCACCAUGUUUGCUCUGGUUUUCUUAUGGUUUGGAAUAUCAGUUCCCUUAGUUUUUGUUGGAAGCUACCUGGGAUUCAGGAAGCCGGCCAUUGAUGACCCAGUAAAAACCAACAAAAUCCCCAGGCAGGUACCUGAGCAGGCCUGGUACAUGCAGCCGAUUUUCGUGAUAUCGAUCGGCGGAAUCCUUCCUUUCGGUGCCGUGUUCAUCGAGCUUUUCUUCAUCUUGACCUCGAUCUGGCUGAACCAGUUCUACUACAUCUUCGGCUUCUUGUUCAUCGUCUUCAUCAUUCUUCUCAUAACCUGUGCCGAAAUCACGAUUGUACUUUGCUACUUCCAGUUGUGCAGCGAGGAUUACCAUUGGUGGUGGAGGGCUUAUCUGACUGCUGGAUCUUCAGCAAUCUACAUAUUCUUAUAUGCUGUGUUCUAUUUCUUCACGAAGCUGGAGAUAACUAAGGUCGUCUCUGGUAUUCUUUACUUCGGCUAUAUGUUGAUCGUGUCCUACGCCUUCUUUGUGCUGACUGGCACAAUUGGCUUCUAUGCCUGCUUAUGGUUCGUCAGGAAGAUCUAUUCUUCAGUGAAAAUAGAUUGAAAUGAGAUUUUGAAGAUGGAAAUUUGUGAGAACAUUACUCUUCAGAUGAGACUGAGGGAUCUUCAAUGGUAGUAGGAUAGAUGAAGCUCCAUCUUGUUACUCGAGAGCUUCGAAUGUCUAAGAAGAGAUUCAUGGUUUUUAUUUUUUAUUUUUUAUUUUUUUUUUAAUUUUUUGUAAGAGGUAGUAGUGCCAUGUUUUUCUUUAAAAGCUAGAACAAUGGAUGUUUGUGUCUACUUUAAGGGAUUGCAGCAACUACCAGUUUUUAUUAUUAUUUUUUUUUAUCAUAAUA